GCACUGCCAUUACUCAAUUGAGAUCCUCAUGAGGCCAACACAGGACCUCACAACGUGCCAAACCGCGCGCAAAUAGCACGCGUUCCGAAUUUGAAUUUUCGAAAUUGGGAUUGGCCGUUAUGGUGCUUCCGAAGACCCUGGGUUUCUUGCUGGUGUGCCUGGCGCUGGUCGAGCUGGGCGCCGCCAGGCGUGGUCGCACUAGGAGCAGGACAAAGUCUAAGGUGCAAAUUGGGUUGCCGAUCACAGGAAAAUACAGGGACCCUGAGUCCGAUCAAUAUUACAACAACAAUGAUGGCGCGAAAAUACUGCUAGCCUCGCACUUCGACCUUGAGUACGUGUUGGGUCACAAGAUAGCGUUCCUCUGCAUCGCCAAGGGAUCCCCACGACCGCACAUCACCUGGUUCAAAGACGGGACGGAGAUAUUCGCCCAUCACUAUCUACAUAUCCACGAAUGGCCAAUCGAUGAAGACCGCGUGAAGUCUAAGAUCGAAAUCGACCCGGCGACCCAGAUGGACGCCGGCGUGUACGAGUGCACCGCCGACAACAUGUACUCCAUCGACCGGCGCUCCUUCAAGACCGACUUCUCCAUCGCCUUCGACUAAACGCCUUUCGGAGUAGAGAGUUUGCGCGGUAGAGCUUUAUGUAAUCUCAGGGGGUGAAUCUCUGAAUAGACGAACGAAUGAACAAGUAAUCGGCACGCUUAUUGCUUGUCAAUUCUCGUUCGUACGUUCGCCGAUUAAGAGAGUGACACUCCUGCUAUAGCCGCCGUACCAACGUCUUUUAAAGCGAUAAGU